GAUGUCUACGAAAAACCUAUUCUGAUGUCCGAUCAGCUCCAGCCUUCUGCAGAACUUCAGCGAAAGAACUCUUCAUUUGAAUUUCAUGACUCGUUUGAGAGUAAAGCCUGCAAAACUAAAAAGCCGAUCAUUUUUUACGCUACCCGAACUCAUAAGCAGCUGUUUCAAGUCAUACGGGAAUUGAAAAAGACCGAAUACUGUAAUAUAAAAAUGACCAUUUUGGGAAGUCGAGAUCAUACAUGUAUAAACUUGGAGGUGAGAAAAGCUCAGGAUCGGACGGAAGCUUGUAAGCUGCUUCUGAAUGAUGCAAAUGUAAGCGGCCAGCUUUCGUUUUAUAACAUGUACGAAAAGAAUCCAGGUUCGUUGCGACUAUACAUCGAGGAUUAUUUGAAUCAUUCAAAAGGCCAGGGGGACGUUUGUAAGAUUGGUAAGCCCGUCGUAUGGGACAUCGAAGAACUCGUAGAUGUGUGCAGGGCCGACAGGAUUUGUCCGUACUUUGCUUGCACAGACGUUUUGAAAAAAGACGCAGAGCUAGUGUUCUGUCCGUACAAUUACUUGUUGGACCCGCUGGUGCGCAAUGCGAUGCAGAUUUCGUUGAAACAUAACGUAGUGAUCCUGGACGAGGCGCAUAAUAUCGAGGACAUCUGUAGAGAGGCGGUGAGUUUCACCAUUUCGCUGAAAGAAAUGACGAAAGCCCUCGUGGAUUGCUCUAAUCUUCAUUGGUUUUUUUGCUUGACAGAAAAGAUUUCCGUCUUGCAGUCAGACGUCUGCAUAGCACUGAAAGAUUUAAUUACUGCCUUCGAGGGCGUCAUUAAAUGGAUGCAGCACGAGAGCAGUGACGAAUUACUGACAUUCCGCGAAUACGGUGUAUAUACGCACGUUUGGUCAGGCGCAGAUAUUCUUGUUCAGCUGAAGCAGAUGAGCUGCGACCGACUCGCACUGAGUGCAUUGCAAGUAGGUAAAGAAAACGCGUACGAGCAGAAUUAUUCGCAGGAUUCGAUCCUAGCUGAUUCUGACAAUGGCAUUCGCAUCACAGUUAAUUUCUGGUGCAUGAACCCUGCGAUUGUAAGUGUUGUUUUUGAAAUUUUCGCCAGGUCCGUAAUCUUAGCGUCUGGUACGUUAGCUCCGCUGGAUACGUUUGAAAGUGAAUUGGGCAUUCCUUUUCAGCUUAAGCUGGAAGCAAGGCACGUUCUUCCGCCAAACCGAAUGUGGGUCGGGUCAAUAAGUACGGGUCCAAACGGGUAUCCAUUGAGGGCUACUUUUAAAUUCACGGAAUCUUUUCAGUUCCAAGAUGAAAUUGGCUAUCUUUUGCUACAUGUAUGUCAAGAGGUGCCGAAGGGCGUGCUCCUACUGGCUCGCUGGAAUUGCACGGGUAUUUUCAAAAAGCUAUGCGUUUACAAGCAGGUAUUUUUGGAGCCUAAGCGAAGCGAAGAUCUGAACACUACGAUGCAUGACUAUUAUUCAGUGGUCGCGCAUCCGGAGAAAGUAUCCGCACAGUGCAACGGUGCUGUUUUCAUCGCUGUCUAUAGAGGCAAGAUUUCCGAAGGCCUGGAUUUCUCGGACGACAACGCCAGGGCAGUCAUAGCGGUUGGCAUUCCGUACCCGAACGUGAAAGAUCUCGUUAUUGAGUUGAAAAGAGACUACAACAACGAGUCAGCCUUGUUUUCCGGUGAUCACUGGUACGAAGUUCAAGCCUACAGGGCAUUGAACCAGGCUCUUGGACGUUGUCUGAGACAUGCAAACGACUGGGGAGCGCUGAUAUUGGUCGAUGAGAGGUUUUCUCAGAACCACGACAAAUAUACCGUUGGUUUAUCCAAAUGGAUACGCAAUAGCCUCAUUCAUUACAAGGACUUUCAGUUUAUGUUACGUAGUUUGACCGACUUCACCAGAAGGCUGAAAGAUUGUUAA